GGGAAAAAGCGCGUGCCACAGGUCCUGUGACGUAGUUGUGGCGCGUGACGGGCUAGCCCGAGAAAGCAGGAGCAGCAUUAGCAGCAAGAAAGCGGCGCGCGAGACAAGGGGGGGAGGGGCGAAUUGAAGAAGAAGAACACCCGACGGGUCACCGACCGGAUAGCCGUACACCCAGCGGGCAGUUCGCAGAGCUCCCUGUCAGCCCGCCUCCUGUCACCCUCCCCUGUGGCGUGUGUGGGCGUCUCCGGGUUGUAGCGUGUCCCGGAUAUUGUACAGGGGGCCCUCAGCCACCUCCUCACCUCCCUUCUCCGCCCAGCUCACCCGAACACCCGCCCGGCACCGGCAGCACUAGACACAGCAUCAUGGCGCUGAAACGGAUCCACAAGGAACUGAAUGACUUGGCUCGUGAUCCUCCUGCUCAAUGUUCUGCAGGUCCUGUUGGAGAUGAUAUGUUUCAUUGGCAAGCAACCAUUAUGGGACCUAAUGACAGUCCAUAUCAAGGCGGUGUGUUCUUCUUGACCAUUCAUUUCCCCACAGACUACCCAUUCAAACCUCCAAAAGUUGCGUUUACAACGAGAAUCUACCAUCCAAAUAUUAACAGCAAUGGCAGCAUUUGUCUUGACAUUCUUAGAUCACAGUGGUCCCCAGCUUUAACUAUUUCUAAAGUUCUCUUGUCAAUUUGUUCACUGUUGUGUGACCCUAACCCAGACGACCCCCUAGUGCCAGAGAUUGCACGGAUCUACAAAACAGAUAGGGAAAAGUACAAUAGACUAGCAAGAGAAUGGACAGAGAAAUACGCAAUGCUGUAGGGUACAACAGAAUAGCCCGGGAAUGGACUCAGAAGUAUGCUAUGUGAUGCUUACCUUGAAGUCUAAAUAACCUGCAUUAUAGCUGGAAUAAACUUUAAAUUACUGUUUUCCCCCUCCCUUUCAGACCUCAUCUACUUACCUCCCCCUUACACUUUUUGUUUUUGUCCCCCUCCCCUUCCUCCCCCCCCCUUCCCCCACCCCCAAAUUUUUGUGCUGCCUCCCUUCAUGCACAUGCUCUCAUGGGCAGACGUUUAGUUCAGCAUUUGGACACAAACUGCUCUAGACUGUCAAGUAGUUGCCAGAAUACAAUUGCCCAAGAUUCAUAAUCUUCAAAUGGAGCAUGUCUUGUGUGUGUGUGUGGCGCCAAGGUCUUCACUUUAAGUUGGUUAUGAGACUAAACCCAUCUUUCAUAUUUUACUGAAAUCGUGAAGAUUAGUGCUUUUUGUUGGAGGGAGGGGGGAAAUAUUUUAGGCCAUUUAAAAGAAAAAACAAAACUCAACUGUCUAGCAUCGUAGGAUGCAGAAAUGAUAAAUUGCUAUGACUAUGUGGAUAUUUUGGUCAAACCUUCCAGUGUUAGACAUUUGAGAUUUCAUGAUGUACUUUAUGCUCAUAACUGAUGGUUUGGGUGGAGAGUUGGUGUUUAAAAUGUAUAGCAGCGGAACAGAAAACAAAUGUGAUGUAUUUUAUGCAUGUCAAUAAACAUGACAAAUUGGAAGGUGAUACCCCAUUUAAAUAGGAUCAAAAGAUUUUUUUUUUUUGUUUGUUUAAAAUUUUUUUAUUUUUUUUUGAAGAUGAGCUAUUAGUUAAUCUAUCUUCCAAAACACUGUUAAUAUAGCACUGAAAUAAAUGAUGCAAGCGUCAAUGGAUGACUGAUCAACUAAUAGCUCUGUUAGAAUUUUUUUUCUUCAAUAAAGUUGCAUAAACCAAUGUGUUAGCUGCCUGACUUAAUCAAUGUUUGCAACAUUUUCUUUGUACAUUCAACAAAUUUGUGUGUAUAUAAAGUUUUGGAAUUUUGUUAUGUUUGAAAUCAAAUGAUGUAAAGUUCCAGAGAACAAACAUAUUUUCCGAUGUUCAUUUAAAGUUGAUCAGCUUAGUAAAUUCAGAAUCCAACAACUGUCUAGAAUGGGCAGCAGUUCCAACAUCUAGUAUUGGACACAGGGCUGGGGAAAGUAAAGAGGCUUUACAGACUUGAGAAAUUAAGUUUUUAUUAGAUCAAGAUAUGAGACAUUCUUUGGGUCUGUCCUUUUGAUACAUCUAGUACACUCAGCAGAUUCAUUCUUGGAUAAUUUUGAGCCAUCCACAUGCUGCCCUACAGUCUGACUCUGAGGGCUGAUGGUUAACGUUCAUUUGGGCGUACUAACUCUACACAACCCAGUCCUGCUAGCUGUGACAUGUGGGAGUGUUGUCGUCGUAAAGCUUGUUUAAAGUGAUUAUUUUUAUUUUCCCUUUUAUGUGGGAUGUUCAUUAGAUUUGAAAGGAUAAUUUGCUCUGCUGUUUACAAAAACUUAUUUUAGUGCAAACAAAGUUUAAUCUCUAGGUGACUUAUCAUGAAUGAAUAAAGCAGUACUGUCAUUUUUAUUUUUUAUUUUUUUUUCA